GCGCCCCAUAUCCAAUCAGCACUGAUGUGGCGGCUGUCUCCGUGGACGGCGAUCGCGGCGAGGGUCCUUCCGCGUGGGAUCGGUUCUGUGGCAUGUUACUCCAAAACCGUCAAAGGGCAUUCGAAUCCUCUCUAUUCACCCGACAACCUCCUCGACAUUGCGACCGGUUUUCACAAGCGCAACGUCCAGGCGGUGUACCUGGACUUGCCCGCGCGAUUCACGAUUCCCGUUGAUGACACCGAGUUCCCCGCGCAUUUACGCGGCGUGACAGUGGAUAUGGCGCAGUUUCGACAUCGAUUGAAGACGCAAAACAUUUCGUCGAGUGUGGUCGACCAACUGAACGCGAUGAACUUUGUGUGGAAGCCCCGGCAACACCGGUGGAACUUGAACAUCAUGGCGUUGAAGACGUUCGUUAGCGAAUACGGGCAUGCCGUCGUGCCGCAAAACUUCGUCGUGCCCGAGGACUCGCCGAAAUGGCCCAAGGAAAGUUGGGGACUCCGCCUGGGCCUGUUUGUCAAGUCCGCGCGCGCUACAGAGGACAAGCUGACGGCAACGCGGAUCCAGCAGCUGGAAAAGCUCGGGUUUGUAUGGGACGUGAAUUCUACGUGGCAGUUGCGCGUGGAUGCGAUGGCGCACUUCAAGACGUUGCACGGCCAUCUUCGCAUCCCGUCGACGUUCGAAGUCCCCGAGCGGAAGAGCUGGCCCCAAGAAAUGUGGAAUUUGAAGCUGGGGCACAUUGUCAAGAAUGCUCGUGGGCGACAGAACACAAUCCCGUCACACCGAGUCGAGCAAUUGACGCAACUUGGCUUCGAAUGGAAGUUAAAGUAACAAGCAUUUUCCUGUGCCAUUUCAUAGUAAUAUACAUACAUACGCA